GAGCCGAGCUCGGCGAUAAGUACGGAGCACUGUAGUACGCGACUCAGAGAUACCAAACCAGCCCGGUGCGACGACCGGUUUGCGACGGCUUGAGCAAGCCUCACACACCGCCGACACACUCCAAAACCUGUGCAACUCGACACCACCACCCUCUGACCACGGCCUCCAGCCUCCCCCGUGUCUCAAUUGGCACAGCUGCUCGAGUAGACCACGCACCCACUCGACCGAGGCCUCUCUCUUCUGCCGUGUGCCAGCAGAAAGCGCAUCAAGAAAAAGAGAAAGGAAAGGAAAGGAAAGGUGCCCCGACCCUCCGCGCCAGCAUGUCGUCCUCCAUACCGGGCAACCGCGAGCUUCCCGAGUCACAGUAUGACCUCAGCACGUACUGGGGCCGUGUCAGGCAAACCGCUGGCAUAACCGAUCCGAGGACAUUGCUGGUGGGCACUGCGGGACUCGAGCAGGCGAAGCAGGCCCUGGGCCUGUACAAGACGGGCCAGGUCAAGGAGAUGACGCCAGAGCUGUGGAAGGCCAAGAAGAUUGUCGAUUCCACCCUGCAUCCUGACACCGGCACGCCCGUCUUCAUGCCAUUCCGCAUGUCCUGCUUCGUCCUCUCCAACCUGGUUGUGACGGCAGGCAUGCUCACGCCGGGUCUGGGGAACACGGGCACCGUUCUUUGGCAGAUAGCCAACCAGUCCAUGAACGUCGCCAUCAACAAUGCCAACGCGAACAAGUCCACGCCGCUGUCCUACUCCAAGAUCGCACAGUCAUACUUUCUCGCCGUCGGGGCGUCCUGCUCCGUCGCACUGGGCCUGAACUCCAUCGUCCCGCGGCUCAAGAGCCUGCCCCCAAACACCCGUCUAGUCCUGUCUCGGCUUACGCCUUUCGCGGCAGUCGCAACGGCAGGAGCCCUCAACGUGUUCCUCAUGCGCGGCGAGGAGAUGCGCACAGGUAUCGACGUAUACCCCGUUCUGUCCGAGCAGGAGAAGCAGAGCCUGGCCCAGGCGGGCAAGGCCGAGAACGACGUCCCAAGCCUGGGCAAGAGCAAGAAGGCCGCGCAGCUGGCGGUCGGCGAGACGGCCGUCUCUAGGGUGCUGAAUGCCACCCCGGUCAUGGUGAUCCCGCCAUUGAUCUUGGUGAGGCUGCAAAAGACCGAGUGGCUCAAGAAGAACCCCAGGCUCACCACGCCGGUCAACCUGGGCCUGAUCCUGCUGACGAGCUAUGCGGUGUUGCCACUGGCCCUAGCCGCGUUCCCUCAGCGGCAGAGGGUGCGGGCCGACAGCCUCGAGGAGGAGUUCCACGGACACGGGGGAGACGGCGGGUUGGUGGUGUUCAACCGGGGCAUCUGAAAGUCGCAAGAGCUCUGCUUGGGUAAGAAAGAGGUGCGGCCGUCGGUCUCGUCGGCCGCGUCGGCCGUACACUCGGCGGGGCUGCAACCCCGGCAGCCCAUGGCGAGCCGCCGUGGUUUCCGCCUCGAUCACGGACCGUUAGUCGCCUGCCUCGGAAGCUGGGGUGGCCAGGAUUGUGCAGAUCAUGAAUGCGAUCCAUUUUUAAGUUCAAUUUUCGAGUCCGGACUCCUGUUGCAGCAAGUAAAACGUGAUCAGGAUGUUGUGAGAAUGAUGUGCUACAUUUAGGGAUUCGCCCCGCCAACAACCCGGCCUCGGGUGCUGUUUCACAGCCGUCUCUCCCAAGUUAAGCCAGACAGGUGAGGGCUGGGUCGGUGACAAAACAGACGGGAAAGAAAUCAGCCGCUCCAGGUUGUCAUAUAUGCUUCUUUCCAAAGGUUUGUCCACGAAUUCUGGCUCAUUUGCGAGAGCGAGAUACCAACCCGCGAAGCUACUGCUCUGAGAAAAAGGGGGGGCGGGCAUUGUGAAAUUCUGCCCGACGCAGAACGCACAGCUCGGGUCUAACUACCUUCGACGUUUCAACUGGGUCGUCCCUUCUCAGAUGGAAACAGUUUGGCGGGCGAUUAAUGUUUUGAUCGCCUCUUUGCCACCUCUUCGCCACAGCACUUGUUGUCGGUAGGAAGCAAUGAGGUGGACAGCCCUCGGUUCUGCCCAACAGCCGCGAGGCUGAGCGGGUCGCCGUCAAACGUGGAGCACCUGCAUGCUGCAGGCAGAGGCCUGCUGCGCAGCCUCGUCAUGCUUGACCCUUGGCUUGACCCGAGCGUUGGUGAGC